GCGGACGCGCCCUCAGAUUCGAAGGGGCCCGCAGGUAAAGAACCGGAGGCGGAACCAGAACCAAAGUCGUCUUCUGGUAGUCAAACGACAGCUGCGUCGUCGUCGACGUCGUCGUCGUCUUCUCUGGAAAUCAGGCACGAAGUUGCCUUAGGAAAAGAAGAACAUCACACAGAAAAAACAGAAACGGGCCUCCAGCGGUCAACUGGUGAAGUUGUGCUGGAAAGAAGAACGUCGGAGAAGGCGGAGGUGGACGGCGCGCAGGUGUUCGUGGUGGACAAAGAUUUUCUCUCGCCGUUUGAUGCUGAUGCGACUUGCGGAGACCAUACUUACUUUGUCAUUGCCACGGCGGAGACCGCUAUUACAUGGCAGCAAGAGCAGGGCAAGUACACCAGCUCGCUUAAGAAGAUGGUGCGGGGUGAGAUGGAAGAAGGCGACAACGAGGAAAUAGUGAAAAAGUACGCCGACCAGACGCUGGAUCUCGAAUUUCGAUCGCUGUUUGCGGAACGCGAAGAUGCCCUGUAUUAAUACUGCUUAUGGGUUGUAUUUUUAUCGCUUUAUAUGGAAAGCUCAAGCUGUAGCUAAUGAUGUAUUGGUAUUCACGACACGGUUUUAGAAAAUAGAAAAGAAAGCCAGAACCGAGAAAAAUAUUUCCUCAACACAGCGGCAAGGAGGCUUUGGAUUCUUACAAGGAGGCCCUCGCCGAGACCACGCAAGUAGGAAAAUGGUUCGAGACAAAUCACGACAAGCUGGAUGAUCUCCCCAGCGUGGGUCUAGAUUUUCCCGAUCCCGUGCGGUUGCACCAUGCUUUACGCGGGCAGGCGGGGUACACCGUGCUCUUGAUGCCGUUCCCCUCCAAGCAGAUCGUGAAAGAGCAGAUUUCGUCGGCGCUCGACGGGGAAACCUACCUCUACCCCGACAAGGGUUCGCACCCCAUCGCGGUCGUGCCUUUCCUCGGGGACGAGUUUAUCAUCCCGAUCGCCGAUGUGCCAGAAAUGCUGAUCCGGGGACUGGGAGAGGGCACCGGGCGGUGGGAACUGGAGAAGGAAGUCAAGGUGCCCUCGAAUCCCGGCGUCCCCGAUAAGAAGCUAGAACGCUACGUGACACUGCCCAAGGGCUACACAAUCCGGUUUCCCAAGUCCGUGCAGAAGAGUGCGCACUACAUGAAGGACGCGGAAAAGGGGGGCUCCCCGAUUACGGUGGGGAAGGAGCAGCUGCAGGCGCUAUGGCGCGACCGGAAGUCCAAUCUGUUGAAUCUUGACAAUCUCGCGGUCCACAAGGGGGACCCAGACUCCGGGCUAACUUUCGCUGCGCAGCGAAACCCGUUGCUCCUCGAGCUGUACCGCUACCGAAUGAUGUUCCCCGAGAUGGCGGGCCGGCACGUUUUGAUCUAUCACCUGAACGUGUACCGGGACGCACAGGCACCCAAGGGGUUCCGGAUCGAGACCCCCACGCGGGAGCCGUUCCAGGAGGAGCUCUUCGCCACGCUGCUUCGGGCCACGUACCGGCGGCAUGACGUGGAAGAGACGGCCGACAAGUACUUCGUGUCGCCCCUGUUUCCCUUCGUCCUCGUGUACCUCCGUACGCCCGAGGGCAGCGCGGAAUUCCCAAACUCGCUGCAGUACAUGGAGGCCCGGGAGACUGUGUACGAGCGGGUGCAGAAAGUCGUGGAGACCGCGGGCUGGCUUUCGCCCGAGGACUCGCUGCGGCCGCCCGUCGUGCCCGGUGUGGUCACCGUCCCGCCGGAGGUGCAGGAGGGCGAGAAAGCGCCCGAGGGAAAGAAGAUGAGCGUGCUCAGCGACCUGUCCGCGCCCCGUAUCAAGAAGAUCGCUUACGAUUGUCAGAACGCGUUCCUCCUGAACGACGACCCGAAGCGUCCGCGACUGUUUACCUUCACCGACUUCGCAUCUGUGCUCCUGCGGCUCCAGGACGCCGGCCACGUGUCGCGGUUCCACGGGUCCACCUGCCCGGUGGCGGGCGACCGCGAGGUUGUGUCCUCCACCCUGGUACGGCACAAGGCGACCGAC